UUUACACACAUGCACGCAUGCAGAGAAAGAGUCCACUUCGAUGUGAGAAAACUCUCUAAACUUGGUGCAAAUUUAAUUUUGUGUGGAAUAUUUAAACAACAGCUCCACCAGCACUAUUCACUGAAUGAUUUUCGACCAUAUCACAGACUGAGCGCAUGUAGGUCUACUUGCUGAUUGAUGAGUGGUGGGUUGUUUUAUACAAAGCGACAUCUAAAUAAAGAACGCUAUGAAUUCCAGUAUAGCCAGUUUUAAGGUGAAGGGACUAACUGCCGCAGUUUUCACUCCGUUUAAAGAAGAUGGGAACUUGAAUUUAGGAGUUAUCGAUGCAUACGCAGACCAGCUGUUGGCAGACGGUGUUCGGAAUAUAUUCCCUUGUGGGACUACCGGAGAGGGAGCAUGUUUAACAGUGGAAGAAAGGAAACAGGUGGCGGAAAAAUGGAUCAAAGUCGGCAAAAAUAAGUUUGAUAUCAUAAUGGUGCAUGUUGGAACAGACUCCAUCAAAUCAACACAGCAACUGGCGGCGCAUGCUUCUGAGAUCGGAGCUGAUGCUAUUUGUGUAGUUGCUCCUGUCUACUUCAAACCACAAUCAGUUGAAUUACUUUUACAGUACCUUUGUGAGGUUUCUAAAUCAGCACCAACGUUACCCCUCUACUACUACCACAAUCCUGGUCAAACAGGAAUCAAUUUUACACUUGAAGCCAUUUGGACCGGGCUCCAGACGACUCCAGUUCCAACAUUACGAGGCGUAAAAUUCACCAAUUCCAACUUCUAUGAUAUGAGCCGGGUAAUGCUGCUGGCAGGCGACAGACUACAAAUUCUGUACUCUACUGACGAGCAAUUACCAAUUGCCUUGGGUAUGGGGAUUGAAGGAUUUGUUGGCAGUACAUACAACUAUGCGGGCAGAGGUGCAAAUAGAAUCAUCGAGGCCCACAAGGCUGGAGACUUCAAAACCCUCAAGAAGGAAUAUGAAAUGUAUCUGUCUUUCAUCCCAGUGCUGAUCAAAUAUGGAGGAAAUGUUGGCGUCAACAAAUGUCUGAUGAAGGUGGCUAAGUGCCAAGACAUCGGUCCAGCACGUCUUCCAAACCCUAACCUUAGCAGUGAGACACUCCUCCUUAUGGAACAGGAUCUUAAGAAGAUUGGAUUCCUUAAAUGGAUCAAACAGUAAUGGGAUCGGGAAAGAUUUUCUUAGAGCUGCUAAGGUAAUAUUUUGCUACUGUAUCUGCCAAGCAGGAAACCAGUUGUUAUCUCCAUCAUGUGUCAACCGGGCGCUAGCGACUGGUUUUAAUCCCUUGAGAAAAUAGAUGUACAUGUUAAACGAAAAAGAAAUAUUACAUGGCCAGUUUUCAGAAAAAAAGAGGACUCUUGAGGAUGUUAUUGUGACAUAAACAGAGUAAACAAUUAAUAUGUCCAUAUCACUUUCUAAACAGAUGCAUGAAAGGGUUAAAGGCUUGUUCACACAGGCCCCAAUAAUGAGAAUGAAAACGAGAACAACAAAAAUGUACGCCCUUGAUUGGUUGAAUUGCUUCACGCAGAAUACGCCCAUGCUAAUUCAACCAAUCAAGGGCGUGCAUUUUUAUCAUUCUCGUUUUCGUCCUUGGUAUCGGGGCCUGUGUGGCCGGGCCUUAAGACAGUGAGGUUAUUGGGCUGGGAAGUAGGUUGUUUUAAGCAAUGUUACUCAGUGCUUAGCAAUUUGUAAUGGUUAACUAGCUUUUAUAAAAGUGUCCCCUGGUUUCAGGUUUGAGUAGGGUGGUGAUCCACACAUGCCUUGCUGCUUUCUUGUCAAGUCACGCCCUGAUCCGGGCAUGCUGUGUCUUGAAUGAUCAAGUGACGACUUCUUUUUAAGCUUUUUUCAGCUGAGGCAGUGGAAAUUUCAAAAGAAAGUAUUGGUGUCUUUCCUUUGUUUUAGAUCUUUUUUAGUAGUUUGCCUCGAAAGUGGAUUUCACAACAUGCCGAGAUUGAUCUUAAGAUAUGUAUCAAUCUUAAGUAAAGUGUGAUGUCACAAGAAUCACUAUGGUGAUAUUGCCGACUCCUCUUAGUGUUUUGUGAAACGAAACUCUCUGUAUCUUGAUCAACUCAUUCACAAAAAACAGGUGAACUGUUUAAAAAAUAUCAAAUGUACUAAUAUUUUUAACUAAAUUUUUAUAUGGUAGGGUUAAAAAGUAAAAUCUUUUAGAUAUAAUAUCAAAAAUUUGUCAGAUUGGGCACACAUCUAUCUUUAAAAGUAUGUAUAUUUUAUGUAUUGGGCAAUCUGCCAAUAACCUUUAUAUUUGUACUGUAUUAUGAAUCAAUCUUGCUCUAUAACAUGUGCCCUUUGUGUGUAUUUGAUCACAAUAAUUGUGUCUGUAUUUUUAAGCUGUUAAAGUACUUCAAUUAUUGGCAAAAUAUUGAGAGAGAAAAUAAUGACAUGGGGUAAGUCCAGUAUUUUUAUUAAUUUUAGGUAAAAUAUUGAGAGAGUGAAAACUCGACAUGGGGCAAAAUAUUGAGAAGAAAAAACGACAAGGGGUAGGCCAGCAUUUUUAUCAAUUUUAGGCCAAAUAUUGAAAAAAAUCACAAGGUAAGUC